UGUGACCGUGUGGUCAUGUGACCAGGUGACCAUGUGACCGUGUGGUCAUGUGACCAGGUGACCAUGUGACCGUGUGGUCAUGUGACCAGGUGACCAUGUGACCGUGCUCCUCUCAGGUGUUCGUGGACCAGGUGGAUGCUGACGUCGUUGCCGUGACCCGACACUGCCCCAGCACUCACCAGUCGGUGGUGGCCGUGUGCAGGACGGCGUUCCAGAACCCCAAAACCCACCAGUACGACGCCACCGUCCCGCCCAUGUUCAUCCCCGGGAGGAUCGAGGAGGUGGUCCUGGAGGCCCGCACCGUGGAGCGGCCCGCCGCAGGCUACGUGAAGGACGGCCGCUUCAUCAACGGCAUGCCAGAGUACAGCGUGGAGAUCAGGGAGCACCUCCCGGUGCAGGACAGCUCCGUGGUGACGCUGGCUGCUGUGACCUCUAAAGGACCUUCAGAGUUUGUGCAGGAGGUCACCUUCCAGAAGCUGACCCCGGGCAGCGUCAUCGCCUUCAGGGUGAGUCUGGACCCCAAGGCCCAGCAGGUGGCCGGGGUGCUGAGGUUCUACCUGUCCCAGUUCAGCCCGAAGUACAAGAGAGGCAGAUGGCUGCUGGGAGAGCUCCUGCUGGACGGGCUGCCGGCAGACUUCUACAAGCACUUCUGGAAGUGUUUGGGAGCCGACCUGUGGGAGGGAGGCUUGGUGCCUGGUGAAGGUGGGGGGUGCGCUGAGCUGUCCAGUUCAGGUCCAGAGAGGUAUUAG